AUGGCCAUCUACACUCUCAUGCAAUUCUAUGAUCCUCCGAUGAGAUGUUUCACUUUCCAAGACUAUCAGUUGGCUCUUACUAUGAAGGAGUAUUCUUAUAUCAUGAGGGUUGAGAUUAAAGAUCAAGUUCCCUUCAUCAACACAAAGGAGCUUCCCGAAUUUCACCAUAUAGCUGAAGCACUCCACUUGGAGAAGAAGGAUGUGAAGCUUAACCUCAAACUCAAGGGUGGUAUUCAUGGCUUUACCCUAAAGUUUCUAAUGGAUAAAGCCACUACUUUUGUUGAUGCUGGGAGCUGCAAUACUUCCAAUGUUAUUUUUGGUUUACUUAUAAAUGUGAUAAUGUUGUUUCCUAACAAUGAAGACUUUGUGGAUUUGGAUUCUAUUUGUAUCUUCAUGUAUGGGAAUCUUGUUCCUACUCUGCUGGUUGAUACCUAUUACUCUAUUCAUUUGAGAAAUCAUAAGAAGAAAGGAAAUAUUGUGUGUUGUGCUCAUCUACUAUACAAAUUGUGCAUGUCUCACUUACCCAAUAAAGGUCAUUUUAUUGAGAACAGAGGCAAUCUUAAAUGGUCCCAAAGGAUCAUGCCCUUAACUACUGAGGAUAUCUUGUGGUACUUUCAAAACUACGAUGAUUUCAAGAUCAUUCUCAACUAUGGUAGCUUCCCUAAUAUGCCCCUAAUAGGUACAAAAGUAGGAAUCAAGUACAAUCCAAGUCUAUCAUUACGUUAA